AUUAAAUUAUUAUUUCCAAAGGCAAUCGUUUUUCGCGGUAAACAACUCUCGAAGGUGCUCGGCACCGAUUUAAAUUACAUAAAUCGCGUACAUGAGGGCAGCAUAGAGGCAGCGGCGCCAGCAGCUCCUGGCUCCAGGAUCCCCAGGCGACUGCAGGGCCGGGCACGCACGCAAUCCUUGCCAGCAGGCGGCAGCACACCAAUUAGCCAGAUUUCUCGAGUACGUCAUCGCCGGGCCCGAAAUAAUUUGCAUAGCGGCGGCAAGCCAAGAGCAGGCCGGAGAGCAAAGUCGCAUUUGCAUUGUUCGAUGACGUGCGGCACAACUAUUAAUACGGAGGCCGAGAAUCACAUCAACAAAAGGCACGGGCACGGGCACAGGCACAAUGAAUUCAGCUCGCGAGAUCCGCCAGAUAGCAGAAAUUAACUUAACAAAGGCUGGUGCCAGCGCGUGAUGUCCGGUUAGCACCUUUAAUUUGGUUACAUUUUGGAUUGGACUGAUUAGAAGCAACGCCAGCAUGCAGCACAGCACGGCGGGCAGCGAGGAGCGAAUAACCAGCACCACCAGCAGCCCACGAUCCGGCCACAAGUCCGCUGGCUCCCUGUUCGGUUUGCUGAGCAAGCGGCCCAGCAAGGUAGAGCCGCAUCCCGUGACCCCCGAAUCGCCAAGAUCGCAGCAGAGACCCGUUUCUGCUUGCGGUCAGUAUGACGUCAGCUUUGCCAAGUGCAAUGCUGAGUCUUCGGGAAACCACCUGAACAACAACAGCAGCAGCAACCAUAAGAGCCAAACUCUGCCGCUGGAAAAGUCGCACAGCGGAUUGAUCAGCUUCCACCGGCGGACAAAGCCGCCUGCCUCGAAGGGCAAGAAUCACUCUCAUCGCCACAGCACAGAUGCGGGCUCCCAAAGUGAUGGCGGUGCUGAUGUGGUCAUGCGACGCAAAUCGCCCAAGCAUCGGUCGCCGAACCACAACAGGUUUAGCCACCAGUUCAGCCUGUGUUGCAAGGCGGAAAAGAAGCCAUUGACGCCACCAGUGACUGUGCGCUAUAACUCCAUACCGGAUGGCAACAGCGUUCUGAGACGAGAUAAUCUCUCCUUAAGCUGGAGCAUGGUGGACAACAACUCGGUGUCGCUGCAUUCCAGCGAGGGAUCUUCGCAGCGGCCGCGGCCAUCAAGCGAGUGCGCAAGUGCCCCCGAGUCACCGGUGGCCAGUAAAACGUUCUUUGCGCAGUGUAGCAGUGCUGCCGCCAAUGCCUCAGUGACCAGGAGCGAGAGCCUUCAGCAUCGGUCACCUAUCAGACCCAUCGCCGUGUCCGCCUGUCGUUCUCGACUGCGGCUUAAGCUUUUUCCACCCGGUCAGGAACUGCCGCCCUUGCACGCCGCUGAGGAGCCGGGGGAUAUAAAGAGAGCUACCACGCCACAGCACAUGUCCUCGCCUAAUAUUGCCACCCAACCCGAUGGAAUCGAACCGAUGCAGGACCAGGCCGGGGUGCGUUUCAUGUCCCACGAGAACAUGACCCUUCAACGACAAGGAUCGGGCUCAAAUCUGGCCCGACAGACCCUGAUGGCGGCGCAUGCCUUGAACCUUAUCCCAGCGGAGAAGGCAAGGGAACGGAGCUUCCUAGAUGGCAGGCUGGGAUCUACCUCGCUGCUCGGUCCCAGCGAACUGAGCCGCGUGCUGCCCCAGAAGGAGGUCACUAUCUUCGUAGGCACAUGGAACAUGAACGGACACAGUCCACCCAAACAGCUGAACGAUUUUGUGCUGCCGCCAAAUGUCGAGCAUGUUCCUGACAUAGUGGUGAUGGGAACCCAGGAGUCCAGCCCGGAUCGUUUCGAGUGGGAAGUCAUGAUACAGGAGACACUAGGACCGUCGCACGUGCUCUUUCACUCAACGACACUGGGCACUCUCCACCUGGCUGUGUACAUGAGGCGGGAUCUCAUCUGGUAUUGCUCGGCGCCGGAGGAUGCCUCGAUGUCGGUGCGCACGGGAUCAGCUUUUCGUACAAAGGGAGCGGUUGCCAUAUCCUUUUGCCUUUUUGGCACUUCCAUGCUGUUUGUGACCUCGCAUUUGACAGCGCACCAGCAGAAGGUGAAAGAGCGAGUAUCGGACGUGAAGCGGAUUAUUAAUGCCUUGGAUCUGCCUCGGAAUCUGCCGAAUUUGCGGCACAAGAAUAAGGAUGUAACGCAGAACUUUGAUAAUGUUUUCUGGUGCGGAGAUUUAAACUUCCGGCUGAGUGAGCCACGAGAGAAGCUGCUAGAGUGGAUACAGAAUACGAAGUUCCCGCUGCCAUCGCACCUACCACACGGCUACAUGCACACGGAUCAGUUGUCUUCCGUGCUGGCCGAUGGAGCCGCCUUCCGUGGAUUCAUGGAGGCGAACAUUACAUUUCCACCCACGUACAAGUAUGAUCCGGGCAGCCAGAACUUUGACACCUCGUCUAAGCAGCGUGCACCCGCCUAUACGGACCGCAUCCUCUACAAGUAUCGCCAGAUGCAAGGCCUUGUCAUCCGUCGUCAAACCCUUGUUCCGGGAGUGUCUACGCCAACGCAACCCUAUGUCCAGUGUCUGCUUUACGACUCGGUACCGUCGAUAACCACCUCGGACCACAAGCCGGUUUGGGCGCUCUUCCGAACCCUCAUCCGGGCCGGAACCGAUGCAAUACCCCUGGCUGCUGGCCUGUUCAGCCGUGACAUUUACCUAGAGGGAAUGCGACGACGCUUGAAUAACCAAUACAGCGGUGCCUCGGCCGUUUGUGUGCUGCAGUAAGCCAAGGAGAAGCUAAGCCAAGCUGGGAAGAGUGGUUCUUACCCAACCCUCAGUGGAAUCUGUUUAGUCAUUUACUGGAAUCUCAAAGUGCUAGUCAAAGCUUGCCAACGGUUGUGCGACGCCUUUGUAUUACCCCGAUUAGAUUGUUACCUAGCGCGCUGUCGGAUGCCGAAAAAACGUGUUACCCCGCAAUGCUGAGGUAGUUCGUAGGCGCUGCCUUUCGCCUUGAGGCCUUAGUCGUAAUACGUUCCUUGUGAGAUUAUUGAAUGCAUAUACUCAAGCAGCAAUUCUGUACCUCUACUCAAAAGCACAAGCUUAGUCCGUAGUUAUGAAUAAAUCUGUUAGCUGAAACUAGUCAAAUAUUGAAGUGAAAUUGAGGAAAGAAUACUUUGAAUAUGUAAUCUAAACUAGCAGUAAAUACACUAUACAAAUCUAGCGAA